CCUGCUUGCAACCUCGGUCCUCCCACCCCCUUUCCCCCCAUCCCGGUCUCUUAGGAAAGAUGUCGGACACAGCCGUAGCGGACACUCGCCGCUUGAACUCGAAGCCGCAGGACCUGACCGACGCUUACGGACCGCCAAGUAACUUCCUGGAGAUAGAUAUCUUUAAUCCGCAGACGGUGGGCUUGGGCCGGGCGCGCUUCACCUCCUAUGAGGUUCGCAUGCGGACAAAUCUACCUAUCUUCAAGCUAAAGGAGUCAUGUGUACGGCGACGCUAUAGUGAUUUUGAGUGGCUCAAAAAUGAGCUGGAGCGUGACAGUAAGAUUGUAGUACCACCACUACCUGGGAAAGCCUUGAAACGACAGCUCCCUUUUCGAGGAGACGAAGGCAUCUUUGAGGAGUCCUUCAUUGAAGAAAGGAGGCAGGGUCUUGAACAAUUUAUUAACAAAAUUGCUGGGCACCCAUUGGCUCAGAACGAACGCUGUCUACACAUGUUCCUACAGGAGGAGGCAAUUGACAGAAACUAUGUCCCCGGGAAGGUGCGCCAGUAGGAGGCCCUCUCACCGUUUGCCCUCUACUUUCCUGCUGAAAUGACACUGAUUUUUACACUAAGCCUCUCUUUCUCUUUGAUCUGAAGUUGGCUGCCCAUCCCCUGGCCAGAUAGACUUUCUGGCAUUGUGCUUCUUGAUACCUGACUACACCGUAAACAUUCUCCUAGGAUCCUCUUCUCUGAGGAGAGGUGGGAAGCUACAGGCAGAUGUCCUUUUAGGGGGGUGGGGGUAGGGGUGGGAUAUUGGACUGAAAGGUAAUUUCUUGGGCAUUUAAUCCAUGCCAGAGGGCUAACUUAGUGGGUUGAUGUCUUGUGCUGAUGAGGCACUUGAGUGCAUACUGAUGCUGCAAGUCCCGGGGAUUUUUCUUACAUUUAGAUUUAACCAGGAACAUUAAGCAGGGAACAACUCUGCCUUUCCUACCUGCAUGUACUUUUUCCUUUUGGGGAAGGUGGUAGAGACCCAGAAGCUGUCCUUCUUUGCUCUAGUUUUGCUCCCAGUUUUCUCAACUAUUAAUUUUGUUGCUGUCUCCUCCCUAUGGCUAUAAUCCUAGAAUCAAAGCAGUCUGUUGUGAGGAUCAAGUGUGUGGUUUUCUGGUUUCUGCUUCAGAGUCAGAAAAAAGUUAUAGGGCAGUAGGGAAACUAUGGUCUUCUAGUCUGUCCCCUUUCUGGUGCCCCAUUCUGGCUUCCAAAUUUUGCUCAUCAGCAGGGAAUGAGUAUGGGCUUGCAGUUCUCCCUUCUCAAGUCAUCACUACUUUAGGGAUAGCUUUGCAGGUUUGGUGCUCUCUGCAGAGUGAGAGUAGAUAAUUUUCUAGGUACUUUCUAGUGGCAGGGGAUCACCACACUCUUCUUUCCAUUUUUCCUCUUCCCUGUGCCAUUUAGUUGCUUUUGCCACAGAACAAAAGCAUAUUAGCAAUUCACAUAGUUUCUAACUUGUCCAAAGAACUUUGAGCUAUUAGAUGAGGCUCAGGGGCAAGUGUUUCUGCCUUCCCCAACUGGAUCACAGGGUUACUGAACUGACUACACUUGUUUCACUUGGAUCGCCAACAUUCUUCUCAGAAGCUGAGCUAAAGUUAGCAACUAGGUAUUCCAAAUUUUAGAGUCAGGAGCAGCUUCUUAAUGCUGGGCUG